AAGAAGAAGAAGAGGAGUUUCACUUUUAGACUUAGCAUUACGAGUGCAGUAGCAGUGUUUGAGCUGAAUCAAAGUUCGUGAGUUCUAUUAAAAUGGGUGACGCGAGUCUUGAUAGUUUAAUAGUGGAACUUCACAAAAAACAUGCUGUAAAAUUUGGGAAAUUUAAACUUAAAAGUGGACAAUUCUCGCCGAUAUACUUUGAUCUUAGAGUAAUCAUAUCUUAUCCAUCGUUGAUGGACCAGGUGGCAAAGUUUCUUCAUAAGCGUGCUAAGGAUGCAGGAGUACAGUUUGAUAAUGUGUGUGGUGUUCCUUACACAGCGCUUCCUCUGAGCACAAUUAUCUGCACUACCAAUGAAUAUCCCAUGCUUAUUCGACGAAAAGAGGCCAAAGACUACGGAACAAAACGUAUUGUUGAGGGGAUCAUCCUUCCUGGACAGAGAUGUUUAAUAGUGGAAGAUGUAGUGACCAGUGGAGGCAGUGUUCUAGAAACUGCAGAGGUGCUUGAGAAAGAAGGCCUGAAGAUCACAGAUGCCGUCGUGUUUAUAGACAGAGAACAGGGAGGCAGUUCAAUGCUAGCUGAUAAAGGCAUUACUCUACAUUCAGUCGUUUCUGUCUCCAAACUCUUGGAAGUGUUAGUUAAAGCUGGAAAAAUUGACCUGGCUACUUCUGAGGAUGUAAAGAGGUUUACUCAAGAACAUAACACCUACAAAUCCUCAAUUUCUAAUGAGAUGCUCAGCUAUGGCGCUCGUGCUGGGUUGCCUGACACACAUCCACUCGCUGCUCAGCUGCUGAAGAUCAUGGAGGAAAAGAAGACCAAUCUGUGUGUGUCUGCAGAUGUGACUAGUUCUAAAGAGCUGUUGGAGAUCGCUUUGAUGUUGGGUCCACUGAUUUGUGUGUUGAAGACUCACGUAGACAUCUUGCAAGAUUUUAGUGAAGAUGUCACCAGUAAACUUACAGAGUUGGCUAUGAAGCACAACUUUCUUAUUUUUGAGGAUCGCAAGUUUGCAGAUAUUGGAAACACGGUUAAGCAUCAGUAUGAGGGCGGCAUCUAUCGGAUCUCAUCAUGGGCUCACAUCAUCAAUGCUCAUGCAUUGCCAGGUCCGGGUGUGUUGCAGGGUCUUAGUGCUGUUGGCAAGCCAUUGGGUCACGGCUGUUUGCUCAUUGCUCAGAUGAGCUCUCGGGGUUGUCUAGCAACAGGGGAUUACACACAAGCAGUGGUGAAGAUGGCCGAAGAGCAUUCUGACUUUGUCUUCGGGUUUAUAAGUGGAUCAAAGAUCAGUGAAAAGCCUGGUUUUGUACAUAUGACGCCAGGAGUGCAAAUGCACAUAGGAGGGGAUGAGCUUGGCCAGCAGUAUUCAAGUCCAGAAGAUGUGAUUUGCUGUAAAGGCUCUGACAUUAUAAUUGUGGGAAGAGGUAUUAUUGGUAGUCCAGAUCGUCUUAAAGCUGCAGAGGAGUACAGAAAGGCGGGCUGGGAAGCGUAUUUGAAAAGACUCUCACAGGCCAGCUAAUCAAACUACCUUAGGAAAGGGAUAAUGACGCUUUGCCUGUUAAAAUUACACCCUGAUCAUUCCUUGCAAUUCAUUACUGGGUAUAUUCAUCUCUAUAUUGGUAAUGUUAGCAAUAAAAAAAACUAAUUUAAAUACUUUCCUAUGUUUGGUACGCAGAAAUGUUUGUUACGUUUCAAUCAAAGAUCAGUCCUUUUAAUAACAUUUCUAAUAUUGUACUUUAAUCUCAAAUGCCUCUCUAGACCAUAGAGACAUUAUAUAAAAUACGAUAUGAUUUUUGUUUAUUACUUUUACAGAAUGUAUAGUGGGAGACCAUGACAAUUCAUAACACUUGGUGAAGGCACAGUGUUUCUCUCAGUCAGUUUAAAGUUCAAUUCCAAUUGCACAAAUUUCAAGCAGUGUUAAUGUUUGUUUACAGCAGGGUUACCCAAACGUAUUCUUAAAGGGACAUGUCCUGUAGAGUUUAGCUCCAACUCAUACCAACUAGUAUGUUACAGGGGUCUCCAACCCUGCUCCUGGUGUGCUACUCUCCUGCAGAUUUAAGCUCCAACCCUUAAUUAAACACAACUGAAGCAAGCUAAUCAAGGUGUUCAUGGUUGCUUGAUAAUUACAGACAGGUGGGUUGUAGCAGGGUUGGAAGCAGGGUGGUAACUCGCCAGGAGCAGGGUUGGAGACACCUGGCUUAGGCCCCGUCCCAAAUGGCGCACUUCAUGUGAACAUUCGGUCUCGUGGCCUUAAAUUGCGCUUGCUCAUCAGCGCCCCCUUCGAACCCUUGAUGCGGUCUUUGGCGAAGCCCGCACUGCAGCAGGCUUUGCGCACUCUACCAACCCAGAUGUCCUUGCGAAAGAGCAAUCAGAUGACGGAAGGGAGGAGUUCACAAAUAUGGGCAACUUCCUAUUUCCGGCGUGACGCUCGAGUCUGUGCCAAAAUACAACUUUGGUGCACCCUCUUGCACUCAAGUCAAGGGUCCCUAGGGUCUGCACUACAUGAUGUCAUCUAAGUGUGGACUCUGAGGAGGUCCAGAAGUCCGGAGUGUGCCAUUUGGGACAGGGCCUUAGUUAGCUGCUUCUGGUGUGUUUGAUAAGAGUUGGAGCUAUACUCUACUGGGACACUGGCCCUCAAGGAGCAGGAUUGGGGAUCUCUGGUUAACAGUGUUUAAUUAGUCUUUUAAUUAGUGUUUUUUAAUUAGUCUAGAUUUGUGUUAGUUAGCAAUCUAAACUGUCAUUGUCACAUUAAUUAACGUUCUAGGCAAACAAAUUAACUAUGUUAUGAGGGAUAGACUUUAACAAAAUGAUGUAAGCACUGAAGUAAUUUCAAUUUUUCUUUUGUUCAAUAAAUACCUCUUAAUACAC